UUCCCAACUCACAAUUUGGUACAAAACACUCAUCACAUUUUUUUUCUUUCUCUGCUUCCAAUUCACACCACCACACCACCAAAUACCAAAUUCAUAACAUAAUAAUAAAAAUGUUUCUAUAAUAACACCCCCAUAUCCCAAUUCUUUCUCUUCAUUAUCCACCAUAUUUCUCUGCAGCCAUGGCUGGCCUAGAUGGUGGUGCUGCUGCUACAGAGAUGAGUCGGAGAUUGAGUAAGUGUGGAGUGUGUGGUGAUGAGAUUGGAUACAAAGAGAAUGGAGAGGUGUUUGUGGCUUGCCAUUUCUGUAACUUCCCUGUUUGUCGACCUUGUUACGAUUAUGAGAGGAGUGAUGGUAACCAGUCUUGUCCUCAAUGCAACACUCGUUAUAAACGUCACAAAGGUUGUCCAAGAGUGGCGGGUGAUGACGAUGAAAGCUUCGACGGAGAAGAUAUUGAAGAUGAAUUCAGGAAGAACAUUUAUAACACUCAUCAUCAGGAUGAUUCUGAUGAUCCUAAACUUGUUAAUCACUUCGCUAAUUCGGAUAAUGAAGAUAAUAUCAACAAUGAGAAAAAGCAAUGGACAGCUCAAGCUUUGUCUGUUGCAGGAAGUGUGAUUGGUGGUGGGAAGGAAUUUGAUCAAGUAGAGAAAGAAGGUUACAGUAACGAUGAGUGGAAAGACAGAGUAGAAAAAUGGAAGGUUAAGCAAGAAAGAAGAGGGAAUCUUCUCAAUAAUGAUGAUGCUAACAAUGAUCAAGAGGUUGAUGAUGAUUAUCUAUUGGCCGAAGCUCGACAACCUUUAUGGAGAAAAAUUCCAGUUUCAUCAAGCUUAAUCAGUCCGUACCGUAUAGUAAUCAUUCUCCGUCUCUUGAUUCUCUGCUUUUUCUUCCGAUUUCGGAUCUUGACUCCGGCUUGGGACGCUUUUCCGUUGUGGUUAAUUUCCGUGAUUUGCGAGAUCUGGUUCGCUUUCUCAUGGAUUCUCGAUCAAUUUCCCAAAUGGAACCCUAUAACUCGCGAGACCUAUUUAGAUCGGCUUUCGAUUCGGUUCGAGCGAGAAGGCGAGCCCAAUCGUUUAGCACCGGUGGAUGUGUUCGUGAGUUCGGUCGAUCCUUUAAAAGAGCCUCCGAUUAUUACGGCGAACACUGUUCUUUCGAUCUUGGCUGCUGAUUAUCCAGUUGAUAAGCUCUGUGCUUAUGUAUCUGAUGAUGGUGCUUCUAUGCUUCUUUUUGAUUCUUUGGCUGAGACGGCUGAGUUUGCGAGGAGAUGGGUUCCGUUUUGUAAGAAGCAUAAUGUUGAGCCAAGAGCUCCUGAGUUUUACUUUUCUGAGAAGAUUGAUUACUUGAAGGAUAAGGUUCAUCCUAGUUUUGUUAAGGAAAGAAGAGCAAUGAAGAGAGAAUAUGAGGAGUUUAAGGUUAGGAUUAAUGCAUUGGUGGCUAAAGCUUUGAAGAAACCAGAGGAAGGUUGGGUUAUGCAGGAUGGUUCUCCAUGGCCUGGGAAUAUCACUCGUGAUCAUCCUGGAAUGAUUCAGGUUUGGCUAGGAAGUGGUGGUGCACUAGAUGUGGAAGGUAAGGAACUGCCGCGUCUUGUGUAUAUCUCUCGUGAGAAACGCCCUGGUUAUCAACAUCAUAAGAAAGCAGGUGCCAUGAACGCUCUGGUGAGAGUUUCUGCUGUGCUUACAAAUGCACCGUUCAUGUUGAAUCUGGAUUGUGAUCACUACCUUAACAACAGCAAGGCCGUCAGGGAAGCUAUGUGUUUUCUAAUGGAUCCUCAAUUGGGGAAGAAGCUCUGUUAUGUUCAGUUUCCUCAAAGAUUUGAUGGUAUUGAUCGUCAUGAUAGAUAUGCCAAUAGAAACACGGUGUUCUUUGAUAUUAACAUGAAAGGUCUUGAUGGGAUCCAAGGACCGGUGUACGUCGGUACUGGAUGUGUCUUCAAUAGGCAAGCUUUGUAUGGCUAUGAUCCACCGGUGUCCGAAAAAAGACCAAAGAUGACAUGUGAUUGCUGGCCUUCAUGGUGUUGCUGCUGUUGUGGUGGUUCAAGGAAAAAGAAAUCAAAAACAAAGUCUAAGAAGGGGUUAUCAAGAUUGCUUGGAGGAUUAUACAACAAGAAAAAGAAAAUGAUGGGAAAGACUUAUACGAGGAAAGAGAGCGGAAACAUGUUUGAUCUUGAAGAGAUUGAAGAAGGGCUUGAGGGUUAUGAAGAGUUAGAGAAAUCAUCACUCAUGUCACAGAAGAAUUUCGAGAAAAGAUUCGGACAAUCACCUGUUUUCAUAGCCUCUACUCUUAUGGAAGAUGGCGGCCUACCAGACGGGACAAAUAGCACAACACUUAUUAAGGAGGCCAUUCAUGUCAUAAGCUGUGGCUAUGAGGAGAAAACUGAGUGGGGCAAAGAGAUUGGAUGGAUUUAUGGUUCAGUCACUGAAGAUAUUCUAACAGGAUUCAAGAUGCAUUGUAGAGGAUGGAAAUCAGUGUACUGUAUGCCAAAGAGAGAUGCAUUCAAGGGAUCUGCUCCUAUAAAUCUAUCAGAUCGGUUGCACCAAGUUCUGAGAUGGGCUCUUGGUUCAGUCGAAAUCUUUCUUAGUCGCCAUUGCCCAUUGUGGUAUGGCUGGGGUGGAAAACUAAAAUUGCUUGAAAGACUUGCUUACACCAACACCAUUGUCUACCCUUGGACUUCAAUCCCUUUAAUUGCCUACUGUACCAUUCCUGCUGUUUGUCUUCUGACUGGAAAAUUCAUCAUCCCAACACUUAACAAUCUUGCCAGUAUAUGGUUCUUAGCUCUUUUCCUUUCCAUCAUCGCCACGGGCAUUCUCGAGCUUCGAUGGAGUGGUGUUAGCAUCGAGGAUUGGUGGCGUAAUGAGCAAUUUUGGGUCAUUGGUGGUGUCUCAGCACAUCUUUUCGCCGUCUUCCAAGGCCUUCUCAAAGUCUUGGCAGGAGUUGACACUAAUUUUACAGUGACAUCAAAAGCAGCCGACGACGCAGAGUUUGGAGAGCUCUACCUCUUCAAAUGGACUACACUACUCAUCCCACCAACCACUCUUAUAAUAAUAAACAUGGUGGGAGUUGUAGCUGGAGUUUCUGAUGCCAUUAACAAUGGCUAUGGUUCAUGGGGUCCUCUUUUCGGUAAGUUGUUUUUCGCCUUUUGGGUCAUUCUCCAUCUCUACCCUUUCCUUAAAGGUUUAAUGGGAAGACAAAACAGGACUCCAACCAUUGUUGUCCUUUGGUCAAUUCUUCUAGCUUCAAUUUUCUCAUUGAUUUGGGUUCGAAUCGAUCCUUUCUUGCCUAAACAAACUGGACCAAUACUCAAACAAUGUGGGGUGGAAUGCUAAGACUGUUAAUUUGAUGAAUUUGUGUGUACAAGUGAUUGAAUUGUUAAUAAGUUUCCAAAGGAGUGAUAAUGAUUUGAGCAUAUAGUGGAUUAUAUAGUUUGGGGAAAUGGAAGCCAUUCACUCAUGAUAUGUAGUAGCUAGGAAUAUACUGAAAAUAUAUUGAAACUACAUAUAACUAUGUAUUAUGAAAUUUUGAUCUAUAUGCCAAUACAAUAACCCUUUUUUUCUAA